UUGAUAACUCCAUUACAGACUAUAGUAUUGUACUACUAGAAAACAAAAACAACAAAAAAAGAAGUGGACAACACUAUACGAUCGACUUAAAUGCUUGCUUAUAUAAAGACUAAAAGGACCAUUGGUUCCCGUAUCUCCUCGCAAUACUACUACUCACUUUACUAUAAUCUCUCAAAAUGGCCGUAAGUUUCGUAACAACAUCUCCUGAGGAAGAAGACAAACCGAAGCUAGGCCUUGGAAAUAUUCAAACUCCGUUAAUCUUCAACCCUUCAAUGCUUAACCUUCAAGCCAAUAUCCCAAACCAAUUCAUCUGGCCUGACGACGAAAAACCUUCCAUCAACGUUCUCGAGCUUGAUGUUCCUCUCAUCGACCUUCAAAACCUUCUCUCUGAUCCAUCCUCCACUUUAGAUGCUUCGAGACUGAUCUCUGAGGCCUGUAAGAAGCACGGUUUCUUCCUCGUGGUCAAUCACGGCAUCAGCGAGGAGCUUAUUUCAGACGCUCAUGAAUACACGAGCCGCUUCUUUGAUAUGCCUCUCUCCGAAAAACAGAGGGUUCUUAGAAAAUCCGGUGAGAGUGUUGGCUACGCAAGCAGUUUCACCGGACGCUUCUCCACCAAGCUUCCAUGGAAGGAGACCCUUUCUUUCCGGUUUUGCGACGACAUGAGCCGCUCAAAAUCCGUUCAAGAUUACUUCUGCGAUGCGUUGGGACAUGGGUUUCAGCCAUUUGGGAAGGUGUAUCAAGAGUAUUGUGAAGCAAUGAGUUCUCUAUCACUGAAGAUCAUGGAGCUUCUGGGGCUAAGUUUAGGCGUAAAACGGGACUACUUUAGAGAGUUUUUCGAAGAAAACGAUUCAAUAAUGAGACUGAAUUACUACCCUCCAUGUAUAAAACCAGAUCUCACACUAGGAACAGGACCUCAUUGUGAUCCAACAUCUCUUACCAUCCUUCACCAAGACCAUGUUAAUGGCCUUCAAGUCUUUGUGGAAAAUCAAUGGCGCUCCAUUCGUCCCAACCCCAAGGCCUUUGUGGUCAAUAUCGGCGAUACUUUCAUGGUAACCCAUUUAGAUUUUUAAAAACCUCACAUCUUGGUUAGAUAUAUACAGCCUUUGGCUAGGUACCUCCAUAUACUAAACUGGGCUUAAUAUUGUUUUGUAGGCUCUAUCGAACGAUAGAUACAAGAGCUGCUUGCACCGGGCGGUGGUGAACAGCGAGAGCGAGAGGAAAUCACUUGCAUUCUUCUUGUGUCCGAAAAAAGACAGAGUAGUGACGCCACCGAGAGAGCUUUUGGACAGCAUCACAUCAAGAAGAUACCCUGACUUCACAUGGUCUAUGUUCCUUGAGUUCACUCAGAAACAUUAUAGAGCAGACAUGAACACUCUCCAAGCCUUUUCAGAUUGGCUCACCAAACCCAUCUAAGAAAUAAAAUAUUCAUGUCUUGUCUUGUUAGUUACUAGUAUCUUCUUUAUAUUUCAUGUAUGUAUAUGGUAAUAGGCAAUAACACCUUUUAGCAUCUCAUUUAUAAAAUCUAUCCGUUAAACUAAAAUACU